AUGGUUCUCAGUAUUCACGUCAUCUCGUCAUCGCUAAAAGAAAAUCUGCAAGAUCAUUUUAGAUUGUACAUCCUGAUCAUCAGUGUGCUGGGGAUUAUCUUGAAUGUGUUUGUGUUGAUGGUAUUCUGGCUCCACAAGACAGCAUGUAACGUGGCAGAGAUCUACUUGUGCAACCUGGCUGCUGCCGACCUCUUUCUGAUGUUGAGUUUACUCAUCUGGGCUGUGAAUGUGCUAACAAGAUUUGACUCUAACUUGAGUGAAACGAUGUGCAAACUGUUCCCCUUCUCCAUCAGCAUGAAUUCAGACUGCAGCAUCUACAUCCUGGUUCUGGUUAGCAUUGACCGAUAUUUGGCUCUAGUGCACCCACUGACCCAUGGAAGAAAGCGGAGGCCAUUUUGUGCCAAACUGGCUUGUGCAGUGGUGUGGUGUGUAUGCUUUCUGUUGAAUGUCCCUGUACUCAUCUUCAUGGAAGUUGUGCAUGACCCUGAGAAGAAUGUUAGCAGAUGCAUUCCUUCUUAUUCAGAUCAUAUAGACGAAGUGUUAAGCAUCCUCAAUAUCAUUCUAAACCUAAUAAUUCCCAUUCUUAUUAUUUCCUUCUGCACUCUCAACACGUUAAGGAGCAGCUUUAGCACUCAGAGAAAGGAGCAGAAGGCCACCACUCUGAUUCUCGCAGUCCUCCUGGCAUUCCUGAUCUGCUGGGUGCCAUUCCAUGUGUUUAAGAUACUAGAGCUGCUCAGUAGAUAUAACAUUGUGGGAAGUUGUGAGUUUCCCUUGGGUUUGUUCCAGCUGAUCUCCAUGAUCUUAGCCUUCUCCAAUAGUGUUCUCAACCCCAUUCUCUACGUUUGUGUAGGAGAAAACUUCCGUGUAAAAGUAAGGGAGGUCUUCAGCCAGAUCAAGAAUCAGAGAAAGUCCACAUUCAUCCUCAUCACCACACGUGUGAAUGAGAGUGUGCUUGAUGGUCGCUAUGUGUAG